AUUUUAAGAGUGAAAUGCUGUUAUAGAAUGUCGACAAGACCUGUAGAAUAUCAGUUUCGCAGUUGACUGUCGUCCUAACGACAGGUCUCAGUAUGUUCGUCAUAUUAUUAUUGGUUUUUGGAACUUUGCAGAUAUUUGGCGAUGCUCAUAAGAUCAAAUCGCCAUGGCAUUACGAGUGCUCUGCGGGUCUCUGCGAAAAAGCUGCAAUUUCUUCAAAUGUUAGUACACCAUUAUCUCUAGAGGUUUGUCAGAUGUUCUGUGGAGAGGCUGGGGCUAUCUGGCCAAAGCCUACGGGACAUCUUUCCUUAGGAAAUUUCGUCGUCCACCUGGACCCUGAAGCCAUAAAGAUUUCCGGUUUAAAUUCCACCUCGAAAGUAAGCACACUUCUAUCUAGAAGCGUUAACCUGCUGAAGAGCAAUGUACAGCGAUUAGGUGGAGGCGUAGCGAAUAAUAAAAACGGAAAGGCCCUGUGGGUUCAUUUUUCCGGCUCGUUGGUGAAAGACCUCAGUAUGCCCUUAGACAUCAGUGAAAACUAUACCUUGGAAGUGCGACAGCUUGAUGAUGGGACGGUCAAUGCCACGAUCGUCGCCGAGAGUUACUUCGGGGCCAGACACGGUCUAGAGACACUUUCACAGUUGAUUGUCUUCGAUGAUCUACGUUCGCAAGUUCAAAUAGCUCGCGACGUUAACAUCGUAGAUGGUCCCGUUUAUCCCUAUCGUGGAAUAACUCUGGAUACAUCUAGGAACUUCAUAGACAAAGCUGCCAUUCUGCGUACCAUUCGGGGCAUGGCUAUGUCCAAAUUGAAUACCUUUCACUGGCACAUCACAGACUCUCAUAGUUUCCCUUACGAAAGCAAAAGCUUGCCGAAUAUGUCGCAUUAUGGAUCCUACACUCCGCAAAAGGUUUAUACUUCGAAGGACGUUAAAGAAAUCGUCGAUUACGGUUUACUUCAUGGAGUACGAGUCGUUCCUGAACUGGAUGCACCGGCUCACGUAGGCGAAGGAUGGCAAUGGAUAGAUAAUGCACUGUUGUGCUUCAAAGCUCAACCCUGGAUGAACUAUUGCGUUGAACCUCCUUGUGGACAAUUGAACGUGUCUAAUGAGAAGGUAUAUGAAAUCCUGGAAACCAUCUACAAGGAUCUAAUACAUGAUUUCAAACCUGCACUCUUUCACAUGGGUGGUGACGAGGUGAGCACCAAGUGCUGGAAUUCUGUAGAGUCCUUCAAGCAAUGGAUGGCGACUAAAGGCUGGAACACUACUGGUGAUUCAGGUUUCAUAAAGGCCUGGGAAUAUUUCCAAACGAAAGCGUACGAUGCCUUGACACGUGCCAAUAACGGAAAAACGCUUCCUAGUAUACUUUGGACCAGUGGUCUCACUGAUGAGAAUAACAUUGAUUAUCUGGAUCCUAAUAAAUAUAUAAUACAGAUAUGGACAGAAUCGUCGGAUAAGUCUAUCGCUCGUCUUAUUAAAAAAAAAUUCAAAGUUAUUUUCUCGAAUUAUGAUGCUGUUUAUCUCGAUUGCGGAUUUGGUGCGUGGGUCACCAGUGGUAACAAUUGGUGUUCACCUUACAAGGGAUGGCAGCUAUUAUAUGAUAAUUCACCAUUGAAUAUUAUUAUCAAACAAGGGUUCUCUACUGCCGAUAAACAGUAUAUUCUUGGUGGGUCAGCAGCUCUCUGGACCGAACAAGCAGAUACUAGUUCCCUAGAUGGCAGACUCUGGCCACGUGCUGCUGCCUAUGCCGAAAGACUCUGGGCAGAACCAAGUUCCAGUUGGAUUCAUGCAGAGCAGAGGAUGCUGCGACAUCGUCAGCGGCUGGUUCAGAAAGGAAUACAAGCUGAUCAGCUCGAACCUGAAUGGUGUUCACAAAAUCAGGGCGCCUGUCCCCUUUAAACUUCCCUAUAUGUGAUACACUGUAAAUCCUAUUUGUCUGAAAAUAAAUUUUCUUGAGUACUUGAUA